CAGCGGAAGCUUUUUGCCGCUUUUCAGAGCGGGAACUCGGAGGCUCCUGUUGUGUUUUGCAGCUAAAUUGCCAAGGUAGUGAUUUGUCUGAAGUAAAACCAGAGUCAGAGCUCGCUGUAGUUCAUCUCUCCGGGUGUGGGUCUUCUGUCAGGAACCAUGCAGGCGUUUUUAAAAGGAGCGACUCAAACGAGCAGACCUCAGAAAGACAAGUCAGCAGCAGGACCGAGCUCAGAGAAAAGAGCCAAGGCUGUUCCCUGGGUGGAGAAAUACAGACCAAAAUGUGUGGAUGAUGUGGCCUUCCAGGAGGAGGUUGUAGCAGUGCUGAAGAAGUCUUUAGAAGGAGCAGAUCUCCCAAACCUGCUUUUCUACGGUCCUCCAGGAACAGGGAAGACGUCGACCAUCUUAGCUGCUACCAGAGAACUUUAUGGCCCGGAGCUGUACAGACAGAGAGUUCUGGAGCUGAACGCCUCGGACGAACGAGGGAUCCAGGUCAUCAGAGAGAAAGUCAAGAACUUUGCGCAGCUCACCGUGUCUGGGACUCGUCCGGAUGGGAAGCCAUGUCCUCCGUUCAAGAUCAUCAUCCUGGACGAGGCCGACUCCAUGACGGCUCCGGCUCAGGCCGCUCUCAGGCGGACCAUGGAGAAGGAGUCUCGCACCACUCGCUUCUGUCUCAUCUGUAAUUACAUCAGCAGGAUUAUCGAGCCGCUCACGUCCAGGUGCUCUAAGUUUCGCUUCAAGCCUUUGGCCGAUCAGAUCCAAGAAGAGCGCCUGCUGGAGAUCUGUGCAAAGGAGAACCUCAAGUACACAAAGGAGAGUAUCUCAACACUGGUGCAGCUGUCGGAGGGAGACCUGCGUAAAGCCAUCACCUUCCUGCAGAGUGCUGCCCGCCUCAGCCCAGACAAGGAGAUCACCGAUCAGGUCAUCAUUGAGAUUGCAGGGGUCGUCCCUUCCAAAAUGAUCGACAGCUUGCUCCAGAUUUGUUUGAAAGGAACGUUUGAGAAACUAGAAGUUGCCGUCGGGAACAUGGUGGAUGAAGGUUAUGCAGCCACACAGAUCCUGACUCAGCUCCACGACGCCAUCUUGAAACAAGACAUCGGAGAUAAACAAAAGUCAGCCAUUGCUGAGAAAAUGGCAGUUGUGGGGAAGUGCCUGGCCGAUGGAGCAGAUGAAUACCUGCAGAUAUUGAGUCUGUGUUCAGUCAUCAUGCAGCAAGCCUCUCAAAGCUAAAACUCCACAAAGACCACCGUGUGGUUCUGAAAGGACCAAUAGACUUUAUCUGUUCAGAAUGAAAGUAUUUACAGCAAAACACUGUCCCAACUCACACCAGAAUGUCAUAAAACAUGUUUUUACACAAAGAGAUACUGUUGAAAUAUUUGGAUUAAUAAAUAGUUUUCUGUAUC